AUGGCUUCACUGUCGCUCCCUGGAGAUUUAUCAGCAGAAAAUGCAAAGAAACCAAAAAAGAAGAAAGAACAGGCCAACGGUAGCUCUGAAGCCAAGCUCAACGGAAUUGAAGCCAAACCUAAGAAAACUAAGACAAAGAAGAGUGAAGAUGCAGCAGAAGAUGACGCCUCCACCACUCAAAGUGGAAAAAAAGUAAAGAAAAAGAAACCAGAAAAAGAUAAAGAGGAACCUGAGAAGGAUAAAGAGAAAGAGCCAAAAAAGAAAGCCAAAAGUGCUCCAAAAAAGAAGAAAUCCUCAGACACUGAAGAGGAUGAUGAUGAGGAGGAGGAGGAUACCCCAAAAAAGAAAACAAAGAAAAAAACAACAAAGGAGAGUUCUCCAUCCGCAAGUAAUACCAAGGAGAAAAAAUCUAAAACUAAAGAGGACAAAGAUUCUGAUGGCAAAGAUAAAAAGUCAAAAUCAAAGGACAAAGAGAAGAAGAAAGAACCUGCAUCAAUGUUUAUGAUAAAUGGGGAAAAAUCAUCUAAAAGCAAAAAGAAAGCUGCCAAAUCAGAGAGUGAUGACAGUGAAGAAGAGACAAAGUCAAGCAAAUCAAAAAAGAAAUCUACUGCUGGUUCGGCAUCCAUGUUUCAGACAACAUCAGAUAAGGAAAAAGACAAAAAGACAAAGAAAAAAGCAAAGGUAGAAGAGAGUGAUGAAUCUGAAUCAGAGAAAGAAGAAAAGUCAAAGAAGAAAAAGGGUAAAGGAAAGAAGAAGAAGGAGAGAGCUCCCUCACCUGAGAUUGAGUUUGAUGACUUGGAGACGUUUGUGAUGGAGCCAGCUCCACAGGGUGUGACGGUGAAAUGCAGAGUGACGCGUGACCAGAGAGGAGUGGACAAGAGCCUCUAUCCUCUGUAUUAUCUUCAUCUAGACAAUGAGAAAAAGACAUUCCUGUUGGCUGGAAGGAAAAGAAAGAAAAGCACAACUUCAAAUUACCUCAUCUCCAUUGAUGCCACAGACUUGUCAAGAGGUGGUGAGAAUUUUGUCGGAAAGCUAAGGUCCAAUUUAAUGGGAACUAAAUUCACAGUGUUUGAUAACGCUCUAAAUCCAGAAAGAGCUCUUCCUGACAUGUCUAAUGCACGGCAAGAGCUAGCUGGCAUCAUCUAUGAAACAAAUGUCUUGGGAAUGAAAGGGCCCAGACGGAUGACGGUCAUCGUUCCAGGAAUGAGCAAGGACAAUGAGAGAGUCCCACUCAGGCCCAGAAAUGAAUGUGACGGCUUGUUGGUAAGGUACCAGAAUAGAAGGAUGGAAAAUGUGAUUGAGCUUCACAACAAGACACCCGUGUGGAACGAAGACACUGCCUCUCAUGUGCUGAAUUUCAACGGCCGAGUCACACAGGCCUCCGUCAAGAACUUCCAGAUAGUGCACAACAAAGACUUGGACUACAUUGUGAUGCAGUUUGGAAGGAUAGCUGACGAUAUAUUCACUCUGGAUUAUAACUACCCCAUGUGUGCCGUGCAGGCCUUUGCCAUCGCACUCUCCAGCUUUGAUGGAAAAAUUGCUUGUGAAUAAUCCAAAUAUAUUCACAAGCACUAUAGUGCUAGCACAAGCACUACUACCUACAGUAGGUUAACAACUACUGUAACCUGAAUGCUGCAGGUUCAUGCCAAUCUGUGACUCUUACUUCCCUACGCUUUCAGAGAUGAGCAGUGGUAACCAACAGUGUUGCAGCGGUGCCACCUCUUUGCUAUGCAGAUUUCCUCCUGCAGGUGUCAGAAGCAAGUUCAAUCAUUGUAGCUUAGUCUGAUUUAACAUGAAUUUUCAGAAUUAGUAUUUAUCACAAAAUGUCACAACUAAUAUUUAAAGAAAAAGGCAAUAAGAUUAGUCUUUAAAGAUGUUCAACUUUAUGUGUUUCUUUUGUUGUUUUUUUUAUCUCAUGUUGUGUUGUAUCUUGUUCCUAUCUAGGGCCAGUAGUAGAACAGUUUCUUGUUUCUUGUGUCACUGUGAAAACCAAUAAACCAAAAACUUCGUUUUCCAAAUGACACAAUGUUUUCUCAAAGACGAAUAUUUCACAAAUAAUGUAGAUCAAAAAUUUGUGACAUUUGAUUAUACCAUUAAUAAUUAUGAUAUUUAGGCUUCCUGUAUCCCUCAAUUUUUCCUAAAUGUAAUGACUAUGAAACAAAAAGUGUCACGGUUAAAGUAGUAUUCGUAAAAGAAGAGCAGCAUCUUUGAAACAGUGUGUUUAUUUUUGUAGAUUUCUGUUCCUGUGUGAUGAUUCAAUCUUCUUUGUAUAUUUAACACAGUCUGGUCUAAUGUAAGCUGUUGUAGAUUUUUUUUCUAUUUACACAAUUUUUGUCAGAAAAAUCUUGUAUUUUUCCUUCACCUUGCCUUUGUUUUAUGUGCUUAUUGGAAUAAUGUGUGUGAAUUAAACCUUCUUGAUUACA